AUGUUGGCCGACUCUCAUCACGGCGCGCGUGGCUGCCCCUCGGCUGAUAAGCAAGCCACCACCUCACUCUGCGGCGGUUGUAGCGGCGGUCUCAUCGAAAAGAGUGGUGAGAUGCUCGGCGGUGGCGGCAACCCAGUCAUCAACACGGGAGGCGACGAGGCUUUUGUCGGCGCCAGACAAAGGGACGUCUUCCUUGCUCUCGACCUCGGCAGUAUGGUCAUAGAUGACAUUGCCUUCUUCAAAUAUGCGAUCGGUGUCAUCGGGGGAUACCUCGGUGAAGAGGGCGGGGAUGUCCAUGCGCCUAUAGAAGGCAUAGCCCUCGGGCUGGAAGCAGUUAUUCAGGCAUUUCCAGAUGCGCAACCAGAUUCGCCAGUACAGGAUCGAAAAGCCGCAGGAGCAAAGGACGACGAUGAUGAUGGAGAGAUCGGAGUAGUACUCGGAAUCCAUGAUGAUGGGCUUUAG